AUGGGUUGCCUCAGCCAUCGUCGGAAAGACAUUGAGUACAAGGCCGAACAGAAGUGGGACUACAUCAGUCUGAACGACUUCCGGUCCCGAGGAUGCCUCACUCCUUUCGCCUACUUCUACCUCUGGCUCAUGCUACUGAUCUCAGUGGCCGUCUACGGCGUUGAUAUGUUCACUGCCAUCAACCUGCUCGCCUUUGACCGAUGGUCCUCCGAAAUUGACCCUGCCAUCGACUUCAAGAUCUCGAAAUGGAUCUUCUCCAUCUCCAUCAUCGCUUCCUUUGUCAACCUCGCCUUUGAGCAGUUCAGGGCUAUGCGCGUUAUGAAGCGAGGAAACGUCGCCGAAUGUUAUCUCGACACCAUCGCCGUCCGUCUUGAAAGUCUCCGUAUGGGUAAGGGACAGGGUUGGAGACGUUUCCUGGUUUUCGCCGAGCUCACUAAGAGCAAAAAGGGUGCCGAGUAUAUCGCCCUCUUCACCUACUUCAGCUUUCAAUCCUGGAUCCGGGUUAUCGUGUGUUCCGGUCCCCGUCAGGUUGUCAACGCCCUUACGCUAAAGUCCGUCUAUGACGCCAAGCUUGCCGUCCACGAAGCGGAUGUUGGAGGUUCACUGUUGGGGUUCUUUGAAAAGAUAAGACAGCUCGCCACGGAAGACUACCAGCAGGCCUUGAUCUUGUCUGGUAUGCUUUUCACCCUUGUCAUUUGGGUCUUUUCCGCUCUCUAUCUCAUCUUGGCUGUCCUGUUCUACGUUUUCUUCCUUUUCCACUGGAUCCCUAGAGCCGAUGGUGGUCUCACCGGAUACUGCGAACGAAAGGUCAACAAGGCCCUCACCAAGAUCGUGACUGCCAAGGUCAACAAGGCAUUAGCAAAACAGGAAACGGAUCGAAAGAAAGCAGAGAUGAAAGCAGCGCGGAAGAACGGCGAGAAGCUAGCCCCUGAACGACAGGCGACUCUCCCAACACUCCCCGACAUGGGAGACCCGGACAAGCUCACUCAAAUGCCAAUGAUUGGCCGCAGCGACACUUUCACAACCCUCCCUGCGUACGAGUCUCGUCCUGGAACCCCUGGAAGCAUCGAGCUCGGCGCCAUGGACCAGAAGCGGCCGCCCAUGCCAUCCAGAAUGGGCACUACCACUUCGACCACCAGCUAUUCCUCGCGCGCUCCUCUUGUGAACAGUGCUGCGGACAUGGGCUACCAGCGUUCCGCUUCGCCUGCUCCCACUUUACCUCAGUUGGAUCUAAACAACUACCCCCCGCCUGUACGACCGGGAACUUCCAAUUCUCAAAGGAGUUUCCGGCCCCAGCUGUCACAUGUGCACACCAACUCACAAAGUUCGAUGCGUGCUGGCGGCUUCUCGGAGAGUCCCGCGACCUACUCUCCGGAUACCAUGCCCCCCUUCCCGCCCCCGGUCCGGUCUCCGACCGCUCGUACCAUGACUAUGGACAGCUACAACCAGCCAAGGCCGCCCCAAAACCCGUACCAGGGUGGUCGCGCCUCGCCUGCUCCCAGGGGCACCUACGACGAUUACUCCAGCCAGUCCAACGGGCGGGCCAGCCCAGCGCCUUCGAUGUACUCGACGCGGUCUGGAGCGCCUCCACGCGGCCCCGGCCCGGGCCCUGGCCCUGGCCCGCUCAACGGCUCCUCGUACCAGGCCUACCAGCCGUACAACCCUCAACGGAGCGCUACUGGCCCGAUCCCUCAGCGCGGCCCGCCGAAUCCCCCCAUGCGGAACAUGACGGCACCCAUGCCUCCCCGACCGCAGGAGGACUACUUCGCCCGGCCGGGAACCUCGCAAAGCCAGCGACCUCCCCCGCGCAACCAAGGCUAUGGCUACAACGACGACAUCGAGUCUCAAAGAGACCCACGAUACUAG